CGAGGUCCAGCAGUUGUCUCCACAGCUGAAUGGAAGCAAAGAACUUUUAACCACCAUUUUCCUACUUACAGAAAGGCAUUUGAGCAGAGAAUAGCAAGAUGAUUGGAGUCCGUCUUCACUCCCUAUGUCUGUUUAUGCUGUGUUUGACAACUGGAAAUGGCCAAGAUGGGAAGUUUAGCGGACCCCUGAAGCCCAUGAAAUUUUCUAUAUUUGAAGGCCAAGAAUCAAAUCAAAUCAUAUACAUAUUCCAGUUUAAAGCAGAUCCUCCAGCUGUGACCUUUGAACUUACUGGGGAGACCGACAACAUAUUUAUGAUCCAACCAGAUGGACUGCUGUAUUGCACAAGAGCCCUGGACAGAGAGACAAAAGCUACCUACCAUCUUCAGCUUGCUGCCCUCAAUGCUCAGGGAGCCACAGUGGAGGGCCCAGUCUCCAUCACCAUAGAAGUGAAGGACAUCAAUGACAACCGGCCUACAUUUCUUCAAAAGAAGUAUGAAGGCUCAGUAAGGCAGAACUCCCGCCCAGGAAAGCCCUUCAUGUAUGUUAAUGCAACAGACCUGGACGAUCCAAGCACCCCCAAUGCACAGCUUUUUUACCAAAUUGUCAUCCAGCUUCCCAAGAUCAACAACGUCAUGUACUUUCAGAUCAACAAUCAGACAGGAGCAAUAUCACUCACCCUACAAGGGUCUCAGGAAUUGGAUCCAGUUAAGAAUUCUAACUACAAUCUGUUGGUCUCGGUGAAGGAUAUGGGAGGCCAGAACGAGAAUUCCUUCAGUGACACAGCAUCGGUGGAUAUUAUGGUGAAAGAGAAUAUCUGGAAAGCACCAGAUGCUGUGGAGGUUACUGAAAACUCCACUGACCCUCACCCCAUCAAAAUCACUCAGGUACAGUGGAAUGAGCCAGGGGCACAAUAUUCCUUAGCUCAGAAGGAGAAACUGGAAAGAUUCCCAUUUUCAAUUGACCAGGAAGGAAAUAUUUAUGUGACCCAGCCCUUGGACCGAGAAGAAAAGGAUUCGUAUGUUUUUUAUGCAGCUGCAAAGGACGAGUAUGGAAAACUACUUUCAUACCCUCUGGAAGUUCACGUGAAAGUUCUAGACAUUAAUGAUAACCCACCGACAUGUCCAUCUGCAGUAACUGUAUUUGAGGUCCAGGAGAAUGAAGUAUUGGGUGCCAGUAUUGGAAUCUUCAUUGCACAUGACUUGGAUGAAGCAAACACUUUCAACAGCAUUUUGAAGUACAAAAUUGUGGAACAAACCCCCAAAGUUCCUAUAGAUGGACUCUUCAUGAUUGGAGAAUAUGAGGGGAAGUUCCAGUUAGCUAAACAGUCCUUGAAGAAGAAAGAUAGUCCUCAGUACAAUUUAACGGUAGAGGUGUCCAAUGGAGAUUUCAAGACCCUCUGUUCUGUGCAAAUCAACGUGAUCGAUAUCAAUGAUCAAAUUCCUGUCUUUGAAAAAUCAGAUUAUGGGGUCCUGACUCUCCCUGAAGACACAGCUGUUGGGUCUGUCGUCUUAACCAUCCAAGCCACCGAUGCUGACGAGCCGUUUACUGGGAGUUCUAGAAUCCUGUAUCGGAUUACCCAGGGAGACGACGAGGGAAGACUAGGAAUUGACACAGAUCCCCAAACCAAUGCAGGAUAUGUCACAAUUAAAAAGCCUCUUGAUUUUGAAACAGCAGCUGUUUCUACCAUCACAGUCCAAGCAGAGAAUCCCGAGCCUCUGGUGUCUGGUGUUGUGUACAACACCAGUUCUUUUACCUCGUUCAGGCUUAUUGUGACAGAUGUGAAUGAAGCACCCGUAUUUUCCCAAAAUAUAUUCCAAGCAAAAGUCAGUGAGGAUGUGGCUGUAGGCACUAAAGUGGACAGUGUGACCGCGAGGGAUCCCGAGGGUCUGGACAUAAGGUACUCACUGAAGGGCGAUACCAGAGGUUGGCUCAAAAUUGAUGCUGUCACCGGUGAGAUCUUCAGCGUGGCCCCACUGGACAGGGAAACUGAAAAUGUGUACCGAGUGCAAGUGGUGGCCACUGAAGUAGGUGGGUCUUCCUUGAGCUCCACAUCCCAUUUCCACCUGAUGCUUGCCGACGUGAACGACAACCCGCCGCGCCUAGCCAGGGACUACACCGGCUUGUUCUUCUGCCAUCCCGUCUCUGCCCCAGGAAGUCUCAUUUUUGAGGCCACUGAUGAUGAUCAGCAGGCAUUUCGGGGCCCCCAGUUUACAUUUGGCCUGGGCAGCGAAAGCUCACAAAGGGACUGGGAAGUUUCCAAAAUCAAUGGUACUAGCGCCAGACUUUCUACUAAGCACACAAAUUUUGAGGAGAAAGUUUAUGAGAUCCCCAUCCGCAUCAAUGACGGGGGUCGGCCCCCCUUGGAGGGGACUGUCUCUUUAUCAGUGACUUUCUGCAAGUGUGUGGAAGGAAGCUGCUUCCGGCCAGUGGGUGAGCAGGCUGGGAUACCCACCGUGGGCAUGGCGGUUGGUAUACUGCUGACCACUUUUCUGAUCAUAGGUAUAAUUUUAGCAGUUGUGUUUAUCCGUAUAAGGAAUGAUAAAAGCAAAUGUAAUGUUGAAAACACCCAGUCACCUGAAGCCACCCCUCUGAGACGCUGACUUUGAAGAGAAAUGGUAGAGUUCAUCCAUCAAGUGCUACUUCAGCGACCAGCUGCUUCAUUUCAUAAUUCUACUUCCCAUCCAACAUGUGUUCUGUAAUUUUUUACAGCGACUCCCUCUUGCCCUUUAAUAUUUUAUCACUCUUAGAUAUUUUAUGUGCUGUAGACAUUAGAGAUAUUUUGUAUUUUCCCAUGACAUUGUUUUCCCCUUUGCCAAAGUUUUAGCUAUUUAACCCAAACCAAAAAUAUGUAUUUUCCCUCUUUGGGGAAACAAAUGAGCUGAUUAACUAUUCUGUACAUGUCUGCUUCAUUACAGAGAUGCAACAGUUGUCUCCCACAGAACUUUCUGGAUGCUGUUUAUGAUUUUUCUCAUUCCAUCUUAUGGCCCCUCAGUCCAUAGCUCACUGAAUCCAGACCAUUUGUCAGGCUAAAGAACAAAGUGAGCUCUCAGAAAAACAAUACUCAAGCAACCUGGUCCCUUAGGAUGGGCAGAAGCUGUUCUAGGUUGCUGUUAAUCACUUUUAUCCCAGUGUGGCUGAGGUGGCUCUUCCAUGGAGGGGCUCCAACUUGGGGACGAUGCAAAGCCCUGCAUACCUCCAACACAGUUGCUGUGUUCCUGAAGGCCAACUUCAGAGGCCUAAGCGUAGACCUGCAGCUGCUUGGUCCACUUAUUACCUACCAUGCUUACAUGCUGCGCAUGUUACCUUUAUGUGUAUAUUAAUAAAGCCUUGGUUGUUAUAUAUUUAAUGCAUGAGGAAAAGAAAGAAGCAUAAAAAUGGUGACCAAAACCAAGAAUAAAAAAUGUCAUUGUUUA